UGAUUUUUAACUUCUUUUCGAUUCAUUAGUAUGGAAUUAACGUAAGCCGGUUUUAAAUCUUCAUUAAUGAAUUUUUGCAAUGGUUUUUCGUAUAGUGACCUGUGAGUUUGUUGUAUUCACGUGUUAUUGAUGCUUCUUCGCUGCUUGAGAUCUCUUGCCCUGAAACAUGUGUUCAACCUUGAAAGUUGUUUUUUUAUUGAUGUGGUAUUGAGUAUCGUAGACCAUGCAUUGUUAUUGUAGCACUCCCUGAAGAAGAAAAUGGACAUUUUCGAAAGUUUGACAUGAUCAAAGAAAAAACUUUAUUGCUGGCCUCUGAUAUUCCAUUCGGCAGCAAUCUCAAGAGUUCUCCAUGUUGAACUUACUUAGUAUAAUGUAGUGUAAGUAGUGUCAGCUGCCACGUCGCAUAUAACCUAGUCAGUCAUUAUCUCCUUCUCUUCUAAUGAGAUACUCUGACAUGGGGAUUUGUCUACACAUUGCAAACAAUAUAUCCAAGAUAUAGUCAAAAUAGCCCAGAUAUAUAGCCAGGCCAUAUAUUGCAAUAUGGUCAUGGCGGUUGGGCUACACAUGCCAUAAUUCUUUCCAGAUAUUGCUAUCUAAAUACUGCUCAUUUACAUGGUCUUCAAAAGUUACCGUUUUAAUAAAUGAAAACCUUCUCGUACACCCUGUAGAACCUCAAUACUAAGGUGUGUUACUCCCUUGCCAGGACAAAAGGAUACCGAAUUUUCCUCUGUCUAGCUUGACGUUAUCGACCAAAACAUUGAGAUUCUAAUUAUAAACUAGCAAUAAAGCGAUGGCAAACUGCCGAGCAUAUCCCGAAAUAUCCCGGUGCUUUCAGUUUAGUUUUUGUCAAGUCUCGAGAUCAGCUGUUCUGUGUUUUUAUCGUGAAAAUGUCUCCGAAACAGCCCGUGCUUCCGCUAAGUUACAUGUGUUUGAAGAUGAUUUCCAAUCAAGUGACCUAUGCCCUGUCCGACGACGAAGGAAAGUAUUACGAGGUGGUGCAGGAGUACCUCGCAGAUGCUACUUACGAGGUGCUUCAAGACCUUUUGAGGAUGAUCUUGAACUGCAUCACAUUGGAUGCCGGCAUCAGGUUCAGUUGUCUGGAGGUACUACUUCGUGAGGACGUGAAAAAGCUAGAUACUGGUAUAUUCCCUUGGUUUUACUACGAAAAAAUCCUGAAGACAUUAAAAGAAAGAGGCAAGAGACUUCAACAGCUGAAUCUGAAAGGUGUGUGGGUGAGAGACUAUCCAGAGGAGCUCACGGACCUCAUCGAGAACCUACCCAAUCUGAGGACACUAAUUAUGCCACAUAUGGCCGGGGAUGAGGUUAUAGAAGCUGUAUGCUCAUUGAAGUAUCUGACUAUUCUGGAUAUAUGCGGAGAGGCGUGUUAUACAGUUGAAGGCAUCCGAAAGCUGAGUAGCGACAGGCUACAAGUACUUGAUAUCGGCAACUUUGGAAAAAGAGACAUAUGUCAAGAAGAAGAUAGCGGACCAGAGCUGGUUGCUCAUAUAAUGAUGAACUGUCCGAAUCUCCGCUCUGUAAAGACGUAUUCCUAUACUGGUAGCUCUUUGCAAAUUAUCUACGAAAAGAAUCCUAGUUACAGAACGAAGUUGAAAUAUAUUCAUGAUACAGGAACGACGCUGAAUUCAAUGGAAGCCAUAACAACCCUCUGCCCCGAUUUAGAAACAGUUCACUUAGAAAGUCCCGACGAUGAAGUUUUAGGAAAGCUGUCAAAGUUACGUAAGCUGCACACGCUGAAACUCGUGAAGUACAGCGCACCAGAGCUGACGGGCUACCUGAGAUGCUCCGGCAGUCAGAUUCAAGUCCUCAAACUAAGCAGAGUGAAGGACGUCUCGCUAGACUUGUCGCUCCUAUGCUCCUUAAUUCCUAAUCUAGUGACGCUUGAGUGCUUCCAGAUGAAGUUAACUUACUCGGACUCCAGCAGCUACUUCAUGAGUUUGCAGAACGUGGAGUUUUUGUACUGUGAUAUGUCGGACGACGUUAUUAGAUUCGUCCUGAUGAAUUCCCCCUUCUUGAAGAGGAUGGUGGUGGGCUGUGUGAUACUUAUGACUGACGGUGAUAUAUUCAGGCUGUGUGCAGAGUGCGACUUUUCCAAUUUGGAGGAGUUGUGGUUCUCUUGCGCGAAAUGGCUGACAGCCACGUCAGUAGAACUUCUCAUGGGCCAUUGUCCCAAUCUCAAGGUGAAAGCUGCGGGUCGAAGAACUCAAGAGACAGAAUUUUUGUAUACUGGAUACUCGCGUACAAGAAAAGAUCUGGAAGAUGCAAGCGCCAUCUAUGAGACAAUUACACGGUACAAAUUGAAUGUAAAGAUCUACUUUGAAAAGAGUUAAAGUGUUUAGUUCUGUUGAUGUCUCAUAGAUGGUGCUGGCUCUUCAAUCUCUCUUUGGGCCUCUCUAAGCUCUAAUUUCAUUGGGAAUUUUCAAGCAGUGAUUAAUUUUUCACCAGCAGACCUCUCUUUUCAAAGUAUAUAUUCAUUCAAUAUAUUCAUUUCUGUGUUCUGCUAAUGGAAAUUACUGCCGGUGUCCUAACUUGAGUACAAAACUGAGUGGGCCAUUUAGAACUAAGCACUAUUUUUUCUCUAUCUCUACUCUAUCCUUUAUUAAAGGUCCACCCUUAAGGCAAUGACAAGAAAACUUUGUGAGUUAUGAAAAUCGCUUUGGUGGCGAUAGCUCUAUCGUCACUGAAAUGGGC